AUGAUAUCUGGUCAUACAGUAUCACCAACUUAUUACAAUGAGUUGAUGGGCACAUAUAAAGAUUAUUGUGAUGCAUUUGAUUCAUUAUACAAGCUUAAAACAAAAGACGAAAAAGAAUUAACUGUAAUUUAUCAAGAUAUCAAAAUUCUGAUCGAUUCAUAUAAAUACCCUCCAAAUACGAUUCUUAUGGAUAUAUCACGAAUUUCAAAAUUUAAUAACCGCUACAUGAAGUCGUACUUAUACAUUGUCAAACAAAUCUUUGAGGAAUAUCAACCAAAAGAGAUUAAGCACAUUAAUCCUGUUUUUGAUUACAUUUUAUAUAAAGAAUAUGGAAUAGUGCUUGAAGAAAGCAACAGAAGCAAAUUCGAGGAAUGUGAAUCUAAAAAUUAUUCAUCGGAUAUUCAUAAAGAGAAUACAAUUUACAGGGCAAUCAUGGAUGAUGACAAAGUAUUAUUAAUUUUCAUCAUCGAAAAAAGCGAAUUUGAUGAAAAUCAAAAAUUACAAUCCCCAUUUUAUCCACCUUCAAGAACUCCAUAUUCAUAUCUUGAUCUAUGCUGUUAUUAUGGAUCUGUUGGCUGUUUUAAGCUCUUCAUCACAAAAUUCCAUUCUAAAAUAACAAAAGAUUGUCUCUAUUUAUCAUUUUUAGGUGGAAAUCAAGAGAUUAUGAGUGAGUGCUUAAAAGUAGAAAAACCAGAUGAAAAAUGCAUGAUUUAUGCAAUUAUUUCACAUAACAUUGAUUUUGUUUCAUUUUUGAUGAAUGAGUACAAAAUAAACAUUAACUUAGGAUGUUGCUGUGUACAAAAUAAUCUUCGGGCUUUCUUGGUUCACUUAGAUCAAACUAAUGAUAUUGAUUCAUGCUUUGCAUUUUCACCAUAUUUUAUUCUACCGUCCCUUGUUGAAUAUUUUAUUUUACAUGGUGCAGAUGUUAAUGCUAAAGAUAAACAAAACAAGACUCUACUUCAUAAAGUUGCAUGUAUCAACAGUAAAGAAACAGCAGAAAUUCUUAUUUCUCAUGGUGCAAAUGUUAAUGCUAAAGAUGAAGAUAACAAAACUCCUCUUCAUAAAGCAGCAUUAAACAACAGCAAAGAAACAACAGAAAUUCUUAUUUCACAUGGUGCAGAUAUCAAUGCUAAAGCUAAAUAUAACGAAACUCCACUUCAUACAGCAGCAUAUUACAACAUUAAGGAAACAGCAGAAAUUCUUAUUUCUCAUGGUGCAGAUAUCAAUGCUAAAGCUAAAUAUAACGAAACUCCACUUCAUAAAGCAGCAUAUAACAACCACAAAGAAAUAGUAGAAAUUCUAAUUUUACAUGGUGCAGAUAUCAAUGCUAGAGAUGAAAUUGGACAAACUCCACUUCGUAAAGCAGCAAAUAACGGCAGCAAAGAAACAGUCGAAAUUCUAAUUUCUCAUGGUGCAGAAGUUAAUACUAAAGAUAAAAGCAAAACAACCCACUUUAUGGAGCAGCAUAUAACAACCACAAAGAAAUAG